AGCAGACUCCGGCGGCGUGUGCAGUCGGCAGCAGUCCGGCCGGCUAAACACACACGCGCCCUCGCCGCCCUGCGCCGCCCCGCGUCGCCGCCGUUCAAAGCCAAUCCUCGCGCCUCCGCCGUCGUCGUCGGCGUCCUGGUCUCCCUCGUCGUCGGCGUCCUGGUCUUCCCUCGCCGUCCUCAACGUCUUGGUCCUACGACGCGCAGCCCCUCCGCCAGGCAACAUGGGCCUGGCCGACAGGCGGGCGUCCCUCAAGGCCGAUGCCCUGCAGUCCACCAUCGGCGACUUCGGGCGAUGGCAGCUCGGCAUCGCGCUGGCCGUGGCCAUGUCGGGGCUGCCCGGCGCCUGGUUCAAGAUCGGCAUCGUCUUCCUGGCCCCGCCCGUCGACUACUGGUGCACCAGCCCGCUGCCGAGCCCCGACCCGCACAAUGGCACGGCGCGGUACAAGUGUGUCGUCCCGGGUCCCGGCGAGGGCGGCACGCUUCCGUGUGACACUUGGGAGUACGACCGGAGCAUCUUCAGGGAGACCAUCAUCACGGAGUGGAACCUGGUGUGCGGGCGCGCGCAGCUCGCCAACGUGGUGCAGAUGCUGUUCAUGUUCGGCUUCCUGGUGGGCUGCACCCUGGGCGGCCUGGUGGCCGACAAGUACGGCCGCAAGCCCCCCCUGCUGGCCGGCUCCGUGGUGCAGCUCCUGACGGGCGUGGGGUGCGCCCUGGUGCCCUGGUUCAGCGUGUACCUGGUGCUGCGCUUCCUCAGCGCCGUGGCCGUGGGCGCCAUCACCGUCACCGGCUUCGUCCUCAUGAUCGAGAUAAUCGGCGGCCGCUGGAGGACGCCGGUCAACACUCUGGGCGCCCUGCCCUUCAGCGUGGGCCACUGCAUGCUGGCGGGGCUGGCGUUUCUGCUGCGCGACUGGAGGGACCUGCAGCUCGCCGUCAGCCUCCCAGUGGCGCUCCAGCUCGCCUACAUCUGGGUCGUGCCCGAGUCGCCGCGCUGGCUGCUCGCCGUGGGCCGCGACGCCGACGCCGUGGACGUGCUGCGGAAGGGAGCCAGGGCCAACCGCAUCGAGGUGGCCGACUGGGACAAGGUGCUGGCCGCCUGCAAGGAGGGCCAGAAGAAGGAGGAGGGCCCCGGCGGCGUGUCCGCGCUGUUCCGCACGCCCGUGAUGCGUCGCUGCACGCUGGUGAUGUACGCCAACUGGGCGGCGUGCGGCCUGGUGUUCUACGGCCUGGUGCAGUACAUGGGCCAGGUGGCGGGCAACAUCUUCCUCAACGGCUUCCUGUCCGGCGUGCUGGAGCUGCCCGGCAUGGUCAUCUGCUGCGUGGCGCUCAUCAAGUGGGGGCGCCGCAAGACGCUGCUGUUCGCGCAGGCCUUCACCGGCGUGUCGUGCCUCGCCAUCAUGCUGGUGCCGCUGCUGGGGCUGCCCGACUGGGUGACGGUGGCGCUGGCGUCGUGCGGCGUCACGGGGAUCUCCAUCGCCUUCCCCUGCGUCUACAUCUACGCCGCCGAGCUGUUCCCGACAGUGGUGCGGAACAUCGGGGUGGGCUCGUCGUCCACCAUCGCCAGGGUGGGCUCGGGGCUGGCGCCCUUCGUGGCCACGCUCAACUCCGUGUCGCCCUCGCUGCCGCCGGCCAUCUUCGGCCUCAUGCCCCUGCUGGCCGGCUUGCUGGUCUUCAUGCUGCCGGAAACACUGCACAGGGAACUCCCGGACACAAUCGCGGACGUGGAGAGCUGGAACUGCAAAAUAGGCAAAACGAAGGAAGGCUUGCCACCCAUCCCUGAAGGAACUGAAAAUCCCGCUUUUACUCAAGAUCCGUCAUAGUUUACAUUCCGGUGCUCAAUGGAAGAAAAAAGUGUGAACAAGAAUAUUGAUGGGUGGAGUGGGAUUUCUCAGAGGUGUAUCCAUACCAUUAGGAAUGCUAAGACAUUCCUGAUGUUGCUGAGAGAGAAUGAGUAGUAUUUGACUGUGAUACUUUAGAACUUUUAAUUACUUCAUAAUCCUUUUUAAAUUUUAUUUUAAAUGUAAUUUUUUUUAACUUUUACUGUAAGGGGUAAACAGAAUCCUUGUAAACCAAAUCGUCUCACUAAUAAUAAAACACAUCUUGGUGAUAUACAUAUGAA